AUGUAUGCAGAGGCUGAUAGAUUUCUGAGAUCCGAGUAUGGAAACAUUAUGCAUUCGGAUCCCAACAUGUCCAUCACUGCUUCUGGGAGUGAAGAUGAUUUGUACAUACGUUAUAGCAGCGCUUCCACUUCCGGCCCUGCCCUUUUUGAAUCCCAUAGGACGAGCCUUGAAGGCUCACCCUUGGCCAUGUCACCCUGGAACCGAACCGCUUCUUUCAUGAAACCUUCAGCUCUCUCUUCCGAGAACGGCAGCGUUCCGGCUACAGCCUCAUCGGCUCGCUUACACAACUUGAAGGAAUUCACGGGGUUUAAAUCAAACAGCGGGUUGGUUAAGGCCAUUGUGAUAUCCGGGCAAAAGAUUUUUACUGGUCAUCAAGAUGGGAAGAUUCGUAUUUGGACAAUCUCCCCUAAGGACCCCAGCAUUUACAAACGAACUGGAACUUUGCCAACUCUCAAAGAUGUCCUUAAAAGUUCCAUUAAACCCAGAAAUUACGUGGAAGUGAAGCAUAAGCGGUCUUUAUGGAUAAAACAUUCGGAUGCGGUGUCGUGUUUGAGCUUGAAUCAUGAACAAGGUCUUCUUUAUUAUGCUUCAUGGGAUGGGACAUUCAAAGUUUGGAGGAUUUCUGAUUCCAAAUGCCUUGAAUCGAUUCGGGCACACGACGACGCCGUUAACUCCGUGGUUUCGACCUUGAGUGAAAUGGUUUUCACCGGCUCCGCAGAUGGAACCGUUAAAGUGUGGAAAAGGGAACAACACCGGAAAGGAGCAAAGCAUAUGUUGGCCCAAACUCUUUUAAAACAAGGCUGUGCUGUUACGGCGUUGGUAAUCAACACCAAGGGUUCGGUAUUGUACUGUGGCUCCAGUGACGGCGUAGUCAAUUUCUGGGAAGUUGAGAAGCAACUAGCCCACUGCGGGGUCCUUAAUGGGCACAAGCAGGCGGUUCUUUGCCUCGCUGCGACUGAGAAUCUGGUCUUUAGCGGAUCUGCUGAUAAGACUAUACGUGUUUGGCGGAAGGACGGCAACAUCCAUACCCUUCUGCGUGCUGACGGGGCAAAUGGGGCCGGUGAAGUGCUUGGCCGUGGAAAAGGAUCAUGA